AUGGGAAAAGCCGCUAGCACUAACUCUCACGCCAUUCAAGCCGGUAACAAGGCCAUUAUCAUUUCCCCUUGGCAACACAAGGUCAUCGACAUCCAACCUUUGCACAAAUUCGGCGGUCAAUGCAGCUUUAAUGGUAUUCAAAACGGAGAGAUUUCCUUAAAUGACCGCUUCCUGCACCAAGUCGCCGUGGUCGAGGACGGUAACUUUGUAGGUCUAAAGGACGUCAUUGUCAGAGACGAGUAA